AUGAAGCUCAAUACGCCACUUCCUCAGCCUCUCCCUAAAGAAUGCGACAAAGCAGCAAAGAUAUUCAAGUCAUUUGUGGAUAGUGGCAACAACGGGCUCGACGGCGUCAUCCCACGCAGUGUACUGCAAAAUGCAAAGGGAUUUGCCAUCUUCACCAUCAUCAAGGCUGGAUUUCUCUUUUCCGCCCGCGCAGGCACUGGAAUAGUCAUUGCUAGGCUUGACGACGGAACAUGGUCUGCCCCGAGUGCGAUUGGAACGGCAGGUGUUGGAGUAGGCGGUCAAGCUGGCGCCGAGAUGACGGAUUUCUUGGUUGUCCUCAAUUCACGUUCGGCCGUGAGGUCUUUCAUGUCUGCAGGCUCCCUCACCCUCGGAGGCAAUUUGAGCAUUGCUGUCGGGCCGCUCGGCAGGAAUGGAGAGGCUAGUGGCUCGUUGAACACCAAAGGGAAGAUGGCAGCAAUGUAUAGCUAUUCAAAAACCAGGGGACUCUUUGGUGGCGUAUCCAUAGAGGGCUCGGUGAUUGUUGAACGUCAAGACGCCAAUGCACAAGCUUAUCGUAACGAUAUCUCGGUAAAGACUCUGUUGAGUGGCGCGGUUCCACCGCCCGAGUGGGCUCAGCCAUUGAUCAGGACGUUAGAGGCGUGCACCGGUAUGCCCGGUAGUAGAGGGUGGGUGCAGGAGCUUCGGGCGCGUCACGACAGCAAUUACAUGUUUGACGGAGUUGAAAGUCCCCGCGACGAGCUGGGUCCUUCGUCGAGUUAUGCUGAAGAUGAGCUCUAUGGCAGUGCCUCGGAAACAAGGCCUAACAUGAAGAAGACCAAGUCGCGCUCAGGCAGUCUGUCAUUCUCGCCGACGAGCUGGGGCCGCCGCAAAAGCUCCGCAUCACAGUUUGCAUCCGAGUUUCAUGACCCAGCUCGCGCACCGGUUCCCAUGGACAUGGCAGAGACGGACUCACCUUCGUCUACAAUAUCAUCACGGCGCGCGUGGGAGGAUCGCCCGUCCUCGCGCUCCUUGCGCAAGCCGAACCCCACUACAGAGUACUUCGACACGAAAUUCGAGUCUGACUUCGCGACGGAUGAGGAGUUACGGCGACAUAAGCGGCUCAGUGUGUCGAAUCCAAAUGCGAGGACAUUCGAUGAUGAGGAUUUUCAAGUUGGCUCGCCGUUCAAUUCGUUACCUCCCUUCGACUCUGCGCGAUCCAAUCUCACGGGAUCAGACGUAGCGAGUAACCGUCGCGCUUAUAGUGCGUAUGCGCCUCCAUCAGAUGGUGAUCCGUUCGAGUCGAGGGACGACCUCGAUACGUUGGACUAUGGGGGCCGUCCGCCCGUCAAACUCAGUAAGACCCCGCCCCCGCCGAAGAUCGUACCAAAGGCGGAGCUGACGAAGCCGUUGAGGCCGCAUGAAGGCGUUGCGCGUGCUAUUGCGUUGUAUAAUUUCAACGCCGUUCAGUCUGGCGACCUGUCAUUCACGAAGGGGCAAGUUAUUACCGUCACGGAGAAGAGUAAUGAUAUUAAUACCUGGUGGAAGGGCAAGGUAGAUGGGCGCGAAGGUGUAUUCCCUGCUAAUUUCGUGGAAGUUGUAUAA